GUGCUGCCGGCAUGGACCGAGGGUGCACGCCCCACCCAGCGCGCGCCGCCCCGCUCCGCGCCGCAGCGCCGCGCCCGCGAGCUCCAGCACGCGGACAACACCAAUAAAGUGCAGCCACACAGACUGUUUCUCUCUCUCUCCCGUGUUUCUGUCGAGUGGAAGUGAAACCUCAUCAGGACAACACGUACCUCGGCGUGCACUGUGCCAAGUAGUUUGGUCCGUUUGGGUGUUUGUCGCCGGGCCCAACAACGCGACCGCCAGCGAAUGUAAACAUUGCGCAGACACACCUAGGGAUAUGGCUGCCGCGGCGUCCACCGGCGGACGGUCCCGCCCCGCCAUGGUCUGACAUGAACCGGACGGCUGGGCUGGGCGGCGGCGGGGGGCUGCAGGCCCGCGCCGCCUGGCCGCCACUCGCGACCUGGUCGGCCCAGGACUACCAGGACACGCAGGCGAACGGCAGCGUGCUGGACUCGUUCCUGCUAGGGCAGGGUGUCCAGGAUGCAGACCUGUACCCCGGGGACGGCGCCCUGGACACGCCGCUGCUGCGCGUCACCCUCGUCCUGCUCUACGGCGUCCUGGCCGUGGCCGGCUUCACCUCCAACGUGCUCGUCUGCUGCGUCGUGGCGAGGCAGAGCGCGCGAAAGAGCACGGCCGGUAAAAUGAUACCCCGACACCUGUACAUCGCCAACCUGGCGGCGGCCGACGUCCUCAUCUGCGUGCUGGCGCUGCCGGGGACGCUGUGGUGGCUGGCGCACGACUGGUCCGGCCUCGGCGGGGGCCCUGGUGGCGGUGGGGCGGCGACGACGGCGGCGAGCGUGGCGCUGUGCCGCGGGCUGCCGGCGCUGCAGUGCGCGUGCGCUGGCGCGGCCGCCGGCACCGUGGCCGCCAUCGCCCUGGACCGCUACCGCGCCAUCGUGACCCGCGCCCACGACGCCAGCAGCUCGCGCCGCGCCGUGCCCCGGGUCAUCGCCACCAUCUGGGCCGCGGCCUGCGCGCUCGCCGCGCCCCUCGUCGCCUUCCACGACGUGACCGACGUGGACGGCGUGCCGCGGUGCGUGGCGCAGUGGCCCGCGCCCGCGCCCGCCUGGCGCCUCUCGUACGCGUGCGUGCGCGCCGUGCUGCACUUCCUGCUGCCCGCGCUCUCGCUGUGCGUCGUGCACACCCGCAUCUCGGCCUACCUGCACUCGCGGCCCAUGCAGUGGCGCCGGCGCCGCAGCCGCCGCACCGCGCUCGUCCUCGGCACCGUGGCGGCCGUCUUCACCUUCAGUUGGCUGCCGCUUACGGCCUUCCAGCUGCUCGUCAACAACCCCGGCCAGCACCGCGUCAUGUUCGCCUGCUGCCAUCUGCUUGCCAUGAGCUCCACGCUUUCCAACCCGCUGCUGUACGGCUGGCUCAACUCGCACUUCAGGAGGGAGAUCCGCGCCAUGCUGCCGUGCUGCUGCGCGCCGGGCAAGGACCGGCACCACCGCACCGUCUGCAAGGCUUGUCGCGCGAGGCAGGAGCGGGCGCUGGCCAAGGAGCUGGAGGGCCGCACGGAGCCCCUGCUGGUGGCGGCGGCGGUCGCGGGCGCCGGGGGCGGCGCGGCCAGCGUCGGGCUGCGGCCGCUAGGAGGCGGCGGCGCCGGCGUGCAGGGCCUGCUGGGCCAGCGGCAGGCGUUCUGUCGGUCGUGCUGGCGGUGCGCGGGCGCCGGGGGACGCGGCGGCGGCGGCGGUGGCGGCCAGCUGCGCGGCACGCGCGGCGCGCGCCACCUGUUCCAGCUGCAGCUGCCCGACCAGCCCGACCGGCGCGGCUCGCUCACGUUCCUCACCUCGCUGACGGCGCGCCACUCCAUCACGCUUCUGACGCACCUGUCGGGGGGCACGACGGGCACCACCACCACCAGCUCCAGGCUGGACAUACUCUGAGCGACGCGACUCGACGCGUGAGAUCACUGGUGAAAAGUAAAAAGGGCGUAAGUUCAAUGCAAAGUCCGUGGACUUACGCCCUUUUCACUUUCUAUUACCAGUGAGAUAGGCGGUCGUCGGUCCGCACCCGGUGCGGGCGGCGAUGUGUGAUGAUUGUGAUGUCAACUGUGAAGGAAAAAAUCUGUGAUGGUAUCUUAAGCGUAGUGACGUUUCGUUCAAUGAGGUUUAUCUUGUAAACGGUUAAGGUUUUGACCAUCAAAUGGCCCAAAUGUUCCUUAAGCAGUAACUUUAUUCGGUUUAGUAUAAAUCUGUCGUGUGUUGGGAUCGACUGUCGCGAGAGGUAAAGGGAGUUCCCAUCGAUAAAGUGCCAUAUUUGCACGAACGUGAAGGAGUUACUGAUUGCUUCAUUUCCCUAGUAGAAAAAUAAGUCUAUAAAGCAAAAUAAUUGUGUAUUGCAGCAACGCUAAGAUCGUUAAUGUGUUGUCUGCUGUACAGUACAAUUGUGAUAAAUUAUACUUGUAAGUUAGAUAAGUCCAUGCUCUUUUUUCUGUUGGCCCGUCGCAUUCUUCAACGAGCCAGUGUUAAAUAUAUUCUAUGUGAUUGUUCUGAAUGGAAAAGAUUAUUACUUAAUGUUAAUUGUUAAAUUUGGAAUUCUUCGGACAGGAGUUUUAAAAUCGGAACACCAAAUAGGGACCAAAACGAGCAUUUAGAAUCCUUCGCACCUCAAAAUUACCUAUCUUUAAACAAACUUCAGGCGUUGAUGAAUAUGACGGGCGUCAUAGCAUACAAGACUAUGUAGGUAUUUAUUCGUGCCUAAACGAACCUUCUAUAUGUUUCAGUUAAAUAUGUUUGAAACAGUUAAUUUCACUUAAUAUUCUGACCUUGUUGUUAGAAGACCAUAUAAAUUAAAUUACUUGACUGGAUAAUACCGAUGGAACAAAUAAUUCUGGGACUUUAUCUCAUCUCUACUGAAGAAAUUAAGCCAACGACACACUGCCAAAAUAAUAUUAUCAAAUGAUAUACCAGACUACUCCCUACUCGAUUUAAAUAAAAGCAGUCAAUCCUAACACAUCUUCAUAGAAUCAACUGACUUCUGUAAACAUGUAUAAAUGGUAUAAACUAGUGCAACGUGCAGGUUGGUAAAGAGAAACUAUCAUUGAAAGUCUGAUGUGAAGUCAUAAAAAGACAAUGUGAUGUGAUUAAGAUAAGAGGGCGAAACAAAGCCCUGGCGCCCUGUACUACUUUGUAUAAAUACUUCCUGCUUUUAUAGAUUUUAUACAGAGAUACUUUUUUACAUAUAUUUAGCUAAAUAUCUGAUUGAGCAUAUUCAGGAGGAGUUAAGAACUCCCCCUGCAUCUUUUAGUACAUCUUCGACAGUGUAGGCCAUCGUAUCGUAUUUGAAUGUCAUGAUAACCCAUAAAUAUUUAUUGCAUGUAGAAUCUUCACGAGACAAGUAGCAUACAGCGCAUUUCUCCACUCUCACUUUGGAACUGCACUCGGGUCGACCGUAAUGUAAGACGGAUAAGAUGGAAAUGAAGUACGUUGGUGAGCAGGGCAGGGAUCGAUCGAUCACAUACUGUAAAUACAUUCUUACUCUGCGGGCAUUUCUUGUUGUAAACCCCAAGCGCCUUCGGGCGACGACGAGUCGACGCCUCCUUAGGAGGCGCAACCGAACGCGGAGGGCGCUGCUAUACGCCUGCGCUGUAAAAAAGAACAUACUAAUUAUGAUUCAAACCUUAUCGCAAUGUGUCAAACCUGUAUUAAUGACGAAAUAAAAGACUGUCUCCGGACAGCAACGCCAGAUAA